CUCGAUCGCCGCGGCGGCGCAGUCGCCACGAUCACAGGCUUUUGGUGGUCCCUCGAUGCCAACGAGAUUUCAGGGACCUGGUCUGCGACCCGAGUCGAUGCUACGGUCCUCGAGAAGCUCAUCGAGCCCAAAUUGACGGGCGAAGCGCCCUUGGUUACGAAGUGUGCCUCCGGCUGCCGCAUUACGGCGCAGGGCCUCAAGAACAAGGGCAAGCCAAUGUGCUCCAGCAAGCACGUCUUAAGCAGCAAGAAGAACACGGACGACUACGAGGACGAGAUGGAGUGUGAGCGCUGUGGCCGCGAAGUGAGUGGCUCUCACUGGUACUGCGGACGUUGUGAGGUCGUCGUCUGCGCUCGCUGCGAGAAGCAGAGCGUUGCCAAGAACGACAUGGACGAGGACGAACGGAAACAGAUGGAGGUUGCAGCGCUGGACCGUUUCAAGCUCUCCGGAAAGGUCUACUUCGAAGUCACCGUGGAGAAGUCGGGCGAUGGUGGGCUGCUAGGCCUUGCGCUGCAGAACGUC